AUCCACGGUAUUGCUUCGCCAUUUCCACUCCCACAAAAACAUACACGAGAAACGACGCAGCGUUAUGGGGAAAGAGGCCGAUUUUCCUAGAGCUCCGUCGGAGGCGACUGACGGCGGCGCUACUGCUUCCCAGUCGGAGUUUGAGCUUCAAGGAUUCGACAACUUUAUUCGUACCAAUCCGAAAUCGGAUCGGUUUAAGGUUAAGCGGUUCCAUCAUAUUGAGUUCUGGUGUACCGACGCUACCAAUGUUGCUCGGAGAUUCUCCUGGGGACUUGGUAUGCAGAUUGUGGCUAAAUCGGAUCUCUCUACCGGGAAUAUGACUCAUGCUUCUUAUCUCCUCCGUUCCGGCCACCUUUGCUUUCUCUUCACCGCACCUUAUUCGCCUUCCAUUGCCGCCGCUCAAAACCUUACUCCGGCAUCCACUGCUUCAAUCCCUAGUUUCGACCAUUCCGUCUGCCGUUCCUUCUCCGGUACCCAUGGAUUUGGCGCUCGAGCAAUCGCUCUUGAGGUUGAAGACGCUGAGAUCGCCUUCAGAACCAGCGUCGCACACGGUGCGAAACCUUCGUGUCCUCCGAUUGUUCUCGAAAAUCGCGCUGUACUUUCAGAAGUUCAUUUGUAUGGCGAUGUUGUUUUGCGUUACAUUAGCUACAAAAACCCUGUGUCUGGCGAUAAUGGCGAGAAUAAACCAGACGAAUGGUUCUUGCCGAAAUUCGAGGCCAUGGAGGAAACUGCUUCAUUUCCGCUUGAUUUCGGGAUUCGAAGACUGGAUCAUGCAGUCGGAAAUGUGCCGGAGUUGGGACCGGCGGUGUCUUACUUGAAAGGCUUCACUGGAUUUCACGAGUUUGCAGAAUUCACGGCGGAGGAUGUGGGGACGAGUGAGAGCGGAUUGAAUUCGAUGGUUCUGGCAAACAAUGAGGAAAUGGUUCUGCUACCGAUAAACGAGCCGGUUUUUGGGACGAAGCGAAAGAGCCAAAUACAGACGUAUUUGGAGCACAACGAAGGAGCAGGAGUUCAGCACUUGGCAUUGAUGAGUGAGGAUAUUUUCAGAACCUUGAGGGAGAUGAGGAAACGAAGUAGCGUCGGUGGAUUUGAGUUCAUGCCGUCGCCGCCGCCAACAUAUUACAAGAAUUUGAAGAGCAGGGCGGGUGAUGUGCUGACGGAUGAGCAGAUUAAGGAGUGUGAAGAAUUGGGGAUUCUGGUGGAUAAAGAUGAUCAAGGAACUUUGCUUCAGAUCUUCACCAAGCCCGUGGGAGAUAGGCCUACCAUAUUUAUUGAGAUAAUUCAGAGAUUGGGAUGCAUGAUGAAGGAUGAAGAGGGGAAAGCAUUUCAGAAAGGAGGGUGUGGUGGCUUUGGAAAAGGAAACUUCUCCGAGCUUUUCAAAUCCAUUGAAGAAUAUGAGAAGACACUUGAAGCCAAACGAGUUUCGGAAUAAGCUGAUGCUUGAAAAUCAAUUCCAAUCAGUCUAACAUCAAAAUGACACCAAUAAGGUACUUCUUUAAACUUCUAGUAGUAAAAGCAAGAAGCAAUAGAAACCCUAUGAAGCCAUUUAUUAGCUUCAUGAGUUCUAUGUAUAGUUUCUAAUGCAUCUUUAUUUGGCUCAUCUUAGUAAGUAAUUGUGUGAACUAAACCAACUUCUAUUAAUAAAAUCAGCAGCAGCUGUUUUUGUAUUGAGUUCA